AUGGCCGCCUCAGCCUCUGCUAUAAAUCAAGAUCAAGAGUUAUCCCGCCGUUUGCACGGAAAAGACGGUGAAAACAAAACCGGACUUUCUGCUAUUGCUUCUAAAGAUAUUGAGGAACAAAAGAAGAAGCUUUCGGAAUACUUUCAAUUCUGGGAUAAGGGCUACGAUGAUGAAUCUCAAGGUGACCGCGAUAUCCGUGUAAAUGACUAUAAGAAAUUGGUUAACAACUACUAUGACUUGGCUACUGAUUUGUAUGAAUAUGGCUGGUGUCAAAGCUUCCAUUUCUCUCGCUUCUAUAAAGGAGAAGCUUUUGCUCAAAGUAUUGCACGACAUGAGCAUUAUUUAGCUCAUCGUAUGGGAAUCACCCAUAAUUCUCGCGUUUUGGACGUGGGUUGCGGUGUUGGUGGUCCUGCUCGAGAAAUUACUGAGUUUACUGGAUGUAAUAUGGUGGGGUUAAACAAUAAUGAUUAUCAAAUUUCUCGUGCCGUUAAUUAUGCAGCUAAACGUAAUCUUGACAAGAAGCAGGUUUUCGUGAAGGGCGAUUUUAUGAAGAUGCCUUUUGAUGACAACACGUUCGACUUUGUCUAUGCCAUCGAAGCUACCGUUCACGCUCCAAGUUUGGAAGGUGUUUACAGUGAAAUCUUCCGUGUUCUUAAACCAGGUGGUGUUUUCGGUGUAUAUGAGUGGGUCAUGUCUGAUGACUAUGAUAGCACUAAUCCUGAACACCGUAGAAUUGCUUAUAAUAUUGAAAUUGGUGAUGGUAUUCCCCAAAUGGUACGCAAAUCCGAUGCUUUGGAAGCAUUUAAGAAGUCUGGUUUUGAGGUUCUUGACCAGGAGGACUUGGCUGAAAAUGACAACCUUGAGUUACCUUGGUAUUAUCCUAUCACAGGUGACGUUACCAAAUCCCAGAAUGUAUGGGAUUUUAUAACCGUUUUCCGUACAACCACUUUGGGUAAGUUUAUUACCCGUCAUAGCGUCAAGGUUUUAGAACGGUUAGGUAUGGUUAGCAAAGGUACUAGCGAGGUGAGUGAUACCCUUGCGAUUGCACAAGAGGGUUUAAUUGAGGGUGGUGAAAAGAAGUUGUUUACUCCCAUGUUUUUAAUGAUUGGUAAGAAACCAGAAAAGGCUUAA